ACGUUCCAAGCCGAAAUGAACCACAUUGUACGACCACUUUUGGACGAGUGCGUGGUGGUGUACCUGGACGACAUACUCAUCUACUCGCGCGACAUGAAGCAGCACGUCGAACACCUGCGACGCGUCUUCGAAAUUCUUCGACGAGAACGAUUCUACGUCAAACUGUCCAAGAGCGAAUUCGCCCAUGAAAAGGUCCAGUUCCUAGGACACAUGGUGAGCGCUCAAGGAGUUCACGUCGACCCCAAGAAAAUCGAGGCCGUACGCACGUGGAAGACACCCGAGAACUAUGCGAAAAUCGCAGCACCACUCACGAAUCUGCUGAAGAAGAACACGCCCUAUAAAUGGGAGCCGAAGCACCAGGAAGCCGUGGAGCAGCUGAAGCAAGCACUUACGUCCGCACCGGUACUCAUUUUGCCAGAUCCCGAACGCGACUACGUCAUCGAAGCUGACGCCAGUGACCAAGCAGUGGGAGCAGUCUUGAUGCAAGACCAGGGGAAUGGACUGCAACCAAUCGCUUACCUCAGCAAGAAACUACACGGAGCAGAACUAAACUACCCGAUACACGACAAAGAGGCCCUGGCUAUUAUUAUCGUCUUCAAAGCGUGGAGAUGCUAUCUCGAAGGACGAAGAAUAACCGUCUAUACUGACCACUGCAGCCUGAAAUACUUGAAGACACAACCCAACCUUUCCAGGCGGCAGGUCCGGUGGAUCGACUUCCUCGAGACACACUUCCACUACGACAUCGUGUACAAGCCCGGCCACAAGAACAAAGCAGACGCUCUCAGCAGGCCUGCACACGUUGCCGCGAUUCAGGUCGAAGGGAUGAAUCCACUACUCAAGGGACUCUUCACACACGGGUACGCCAUCGACCCCGAAAUUCCCUUGGCAGAAAAGCGACAUCUGCUACAGUGGGACAGUGACAUCGCGUACCGGAAAGGAUCAACAAAAAUCUGGGUACCCAAUUACCCUCCUUUGCGCCAGUUACUACUCGAAGAAUACCACGACGUCCUCUACGCCGGACACUUCGGUAGCAACAAGACGCUGACCGGUAUCGCAAAGCACUACUACUGGCCCCACUUAGCAGAAGAUGUCCAGAAAUUCGUCACCUCGUGUGAUACAUGUCAGCGGAUGAAGAGCAGCAAGCAGAAGAAGGCGGGACUACUGCAGCCUCUUCCUGUCCCAGAACAGCCAUGGCAAGUGGUCAGCCUGGACUUCAUCACCGGGUUACCACCUACCACCAGCAGUCAUUACGCAAUCCUUGUCGUCAUUGACAAGUUCUCCAAAAUGGGACACUUCAUCCCGACACACACGACGGCACGCACCGAGGAGAUAGCACAGCUCUUCGUUCGUCACAUCAUCUCACAGCAUGGCAUCCCAACUACACUCAUCUCCGACCGAGACCCCAAGUUCACCAGCAAGUUCUGGAAGGAACUUAUGUCUCUUCUCGGGACCAAACUCGCCAUGUCAUCCGCAUACCAUCCGCAGACAGACGGACAGACCGAGCGCCUCAACCAAAUUGUUGAGCAACUCCUCCGAGCAGCCUGCAAGGACGAGAUCUCCAAAUGGGACUUGCACCUGCCCGUACUAGAGUUUGCUUACAACAAUGCUACGCAUGCCGCUACUGGGCAGACGCCGUUCUUCCUCUGCUACGGACGCCACCCGCUCACACCACAGAAACCGACAGCAUCAGCUACAGUCCAACCAGCACAUGAUUUCAUUACAACCAUGCAUCAGCUUUGGGAUCGGACCCACAAGCGCCUCCUUGACAUUCAACAGCAACAGAAGCGCCAGGCCGAUCGCCAUCGCAACGACCACACCAUCACGGUGGGAGACCAGGUGCUUCUUGACACCCGCAACCUGGACAUCAACCAUCUCCCAUCUAAACUUCGACCUCGCUUCUGCGGGCCUUUUCUCUCUAUGGGGGUGUGUUAGAAAUAGACUACAUGUACCACU